AUGGUCUCCAAGACCCGCAAACAGCGCCAGAAGAAGAAGGUCGCUAUGCAGGCCAACGGCGGCGUUCUCCCCCCGGUGGUGCCGAGCGUGCCCAAGUCGGUGCACCUGAAGAAGACACGACCCAACAUGAAGGGCAAGAUGAAGAUCCGGCUCGGGCUCGAGUCCCCCAUUGACAUCUACAGCGGCUUCGAGGAGCGCAAGGGUGUUCUCUGGCGGUGCCCCACCUGUGCCAAGGCGUGCCGUGUGCUCGGCUUCUGUGUCGACUGCGCCUCCGGCGUGAAGUCGAAGUCUCACGCGGGCCAACUGAUUGGGCGGGCGAGCACGAAGAAGGAGGCCGCGCAGAUGACGGCGCCAAAGCUGCGCCUAAAGGAGAGGAACAGGGCGAUGAAGCUGAAGCGCAAGAAGUAG